AUGGCCCAUCAAGGCUUUGGCGGCGUGCUCGACACACCGCAAAGCAAUUUUGGCGACGCGACAUACCUUAGCCGACAGCCCGAUUUCGCAGAUAUAUCUCAAGAAGCAUCGUUCUUAUCCCCUGAAAAAGACGGUGACCUACUACAACAGCUUCGCAAUGGCGGACGUUCCAAUGGAAUCAACAUCAGAACACCCCGCCAAAGACCAGCACUUGCGGACCGCCGAAAUCUGCCAUCAAACAUUGGAGGAGGGGAGUUCACCCCGUUACUCAAGUCUGCUACAAGGAACAGCACACGGAGGAAUGGUAAGGAGAACAGUACUACUGUGGCCGCCACACCUGCAGCGCUACGGAAUUUACUUGAGGACGAAAUGACCCCCCUUCCCCGAAUAGAUGGUUCCGCCUACUCAACACGCAAUGCGUCGUUCCUAGACAACGACUUCCCACCAAUCGCCAGCAGUGCCAGCACAACGCCAAUGGGCCCUCCGCCGCGCAGGAAUAUAUUAGACAAAGGUCCUCUGCAAGACGGAAACCAAUUGUCACUGCGAGAACAGGAAAAUGUUAUAGACAAGAUCGAGAAGGAGAACUUUGGUCUCAAGUUGAAAAUUCACUUUCUUGAAGAGGCCCUACGGAAAGCAGGUCCUGGGUUCAGUGAAGCUGCCCUCAAGGAAAACACGGAGCUCAAAGUCGAUAAAGUUACUAUGCAAAGAGAACUCCACAAAUACAAGAAAGACAUAACAACUGCAGAGCGUGAGCUGGAAAGUUAUCGUCAACAAAUGCUUGAGUUGAGGGAAAAAGCAGAGCAGAAAUACGCCAAUAAGGACCAGCAAGCCGAACUCAAUACUCUGCGAGAGGCCAUCCAAGCUCGUGAGUCUGAUAUCGAGGAGCUACGAAGUCAAGCUUCAAAUACUCAAGACCACCAGGAGAGGGUAGAGACGCUGGAAAACAACGUUGUGGACUUGGAAGCCGAGCUUCGUGAAAAAGAUCGCAUGCUAACCGAGCGAGAAGACGAGCUCGAUGAUUUGAGAGAAAAGCUCAACGAUCUGCAAGAGACCAUCCAAGCUCGCGAGUCUGAUGUCGAAGAGCUACAAAGCCAAGCUUCAAAUAAUCAGAACCACCAGGAGAUGGUCGAACAGCUGGAAAACAACGUCGUGGACUUGGAAGCCGAGCUUCGUGAAAAGGACCGCGUGUUAACCGAGCGGGAAGAUGAACUAAAUACUCUGCGAGAGACCAUCCAAGCUCGCGAGUCCGAUAUCGAGGAGCUCCAAAGCCAAGCUUUAAGUAGCCAAGACCACCAAAAGAGGAUAAAAUCACUGAAAAGCAACUUUGUGGACUUGGAAGCCGAGCUUCGUGAAAAAGACCGCGUAUUAACCGAGCGGGAGGACAAGCUCAAGGACCUGAAGGUUCUACAGCAAGCAGCUCGCGACUGGGAGGAGAAAGCGGAGUGGAUGAAGGAGAGGAUGAACUCUGCUUUGUCCCAAAAAGAAAAGGCCGAGGCAGCUUUAGACGAGCUGCAAGAAGAGAUGGCCAACAAGUCAAUCAUGACCAAGGGACUGUCUCGGCAGAUAGAAGAAAAGGUGACUCGGCUGCAGGAAGAGCUUCGGAAGUCUAGCGAAGAGUAUACUGCUCUAGAGCUGGAGGCGGCUCAACUCAGUCAGGAGAAUGACGAGCUCAAAGCGACUGUGCAAGAGCAACUAUCGCUGCUAGAAGACGCUACGCACAGUCAAGAAGAGGUCGCAAGUCUCAGGCUUGACCUUCUCGAGCAUCAGCGCUAUAUUGAGGAGCUGAUCGCGUCUGAGGCCUCCUUGAGCAUGAAACUGGAGCAGCUAAACCGAGAGCGAUCUCUGGCGGGAAAUGCCGUGCAAAGCCAGGAGGAGAUUGAAAAUCUCAAGUACGAGAUGCUCCAACAACAGGAGCUCAUCAAUCAUCUCGAGGCCGCAGAGGCUACUCGGCAUAGAGAGUUGGAGCAGCAGCAGCGGCUACGCGCAGAAAACAUGGGGAGCCAAGCAGAGAUUGAGAGAUUAAAGCGCGAAAUAGUCCAUCUGCAAGAGGAAAUCGAGAACAUCACGGCUUCCGAAACUGCUCUACGAGAAGAAUUGGAGCAAGAGCAGCAACGACAAGCAGAAUACGAUGAUGCGCUGGCUGAGGUUGACACUCUAAAGGAGAAGAUUCUCGAACAGCAGCGCUUCAUCGAUGAUAUCGUUGCUUCCGAGGCCUCGUUGCAGCAAAAGCUCGAGCAAGAGCAGCAGCGAAUUAAGUUCAUGCAGAUUCGAGAAGAGGCAAAUAGGCCUAAUCGAAACCUGUUCCAGAGGCAAGAGCUUGUCGACAAAAUGAUUGCCUCUGAAACCCUGUUGCGUCAAGAGCUUGACCGAGCCCAGCAGUCGCAUAUUAAGAGCACUAAAAGCGCUUUGCAGAGUCGGGAAGAGGUCGAAAGCCUCAGAGAGGAGAUGAGAAUGCUCAAAGAAGAGGCAAAAACCCUUGAGGACGACGUGCUUCAACAGCAGGAGCUGAUCGACGACCUCAUGGCUUCGGAAGCUGCCCUCCAAGAAGACCUCAAGCGCCAACAGGAGCUUCGUACAGACAGCGAUACGAACACCAGGGCCGAGAUCGAGGCUCUCGAGCAAGACGUGCUCCAGCAACAGGAGCUCAUCGACGAAAUGGUCGCUUCAGAGGCCAUUCUGCGACAAGAACUUGAGCGGGAGCGCCGGAGCCUUGAACGAAAGCAGCAAUCGCAGGCAGGCGGCAGCAGCAAGCAAGGCCAGCGUCUACGAGAGAGCCAGGCCGAGGUCGAAAACCUCGAACGUGACAUAAUAGAGCAGCAAGAACUCAUCAACAAUCUCGUCGCUUCAGAGGCCGUCUUACGGAGCAAACUCGAGCGUGCGCGCACCGAGCGAGCAGCGUAUCGCAUGAGCGUGGAGAAGAUGCAAAGCGAUAUCCAGCAUCUGAAGAAGGAGGCGGCGGUCGGGACGCACAAGUUGAGUCACCGCUACGGCUACGCUGACAACGAGGCGCUGGAUACCAUCGUGCGAGCCUCAGAGGGCGCUCAAGUCCGGCACAAGAAGGAGCUUCGCGGCAUGAUGCUUCAGAUGGAAUGGAUGCAGGCCCGGUGGGAGCGCGAGGCGUCUCUUCGCUCGGACGCAGCAUAUGCGAAGAAGUUCCUUCAGCUACAGCUCAACAUUGCACAUGCUUGCAACAAAGCUCAGCUCCGCGAACUCGAACACAUCCGCACCAAGGUCCUCCAAAGCCGCAAGCCUCUCACUCUCCCCCAACCUCCUUCCUUCUCAUCAUCCGGUGGCUCCUCCUCGCCCAAGCUCAAGACCUUUCUCAUCAUGGCCCGCUUCAUUGCGCGAACACGCAUCGCUGCCCGCAACUGGGCCGGUCAAGAAGCCGUCCGCCAAAAGCUCCGCACGGCAAUCGAAGAAAAGCGACAAAUCAAGCGCUCAAAGCAGCUCAAAGUUGUCGCCGCUGACGUCUAUUAG